ACAUGACAGUUGAGCAAUCAAAUACACAAGUUCUUGUGCACAGCAUAACACUCCCGGUGAAAAACUAAACAAUAUAAAAAUGUUCAAAUUCGUGAUCGUUGCUUUGGCUCUUGUCGCUAGCGCUACAGCCGCACCAGGAUAUCUUGGCGGUGGUGCUCUACUUGGUGGUAUACAUGCCGCUCCUGCUUUGUCAGUUGCACAUGCUGCACCGGCUAUUUCCUAUGCAGCCCCAGCUGUAUCCUAUGCAGCACCAGUAGCGAAAAUUGCAGCUCCAGCGAUUUCGUACGCAGCACCAGCUAUUGCGCAUGCUCCACUCGGCUUAGGCUAUAAAUCAUAUGCUGGUCCAGCUUUGGCUCCACUUGGCUUAGGUUACAAGUCAUAUGCUGCCCCAGCCCUUUCAUAUGCAGCACCAGCAAUCGCUCAUGCUCCAUUGGGACUUGGUUAUGGUUACGGACAUGGUGCUGCUUUAGCUCAUGGUUGGUAGACGUUGAAUGGUGUUUUGUGUGGCAAUGCAAUUUUGGGUAAUUUGUGAUGCUUAUCGUCGUUUGUUAAACUACCAAAUUUCGAAUCCGUUGUUAAAAAUUCCAAUUGUCUUUCUUAAUAAACUAUGUGACCAUUUGGAGUGUUAAAUUU